AUGGCUAGGAAGCCAAAGAAACCAUCAUUUUUCAAGAUCCUCUUUGGUGACUUCUCUCAGGGUCUGCGUAUACCACCUACGUUUAUUAGGAAGAACUUCAAUAGACGACCACUUUGCAAAUGUGACCUUAGAGGCCCUACCGGAAUACGAAGAACUGUGGAAUUGGAAGACAGGGAGAAUGGCUUAUUCUUCCGCAAUGGUUGGCAGGGUUUUGUGAAGGACAAUCAUUUAGAAUCUGGGGAUCUUUUGGUUUUUGAUUAUGAUGGUGAAACAAAGUUUAAUGUCAAAAUCUAUGAUAGGAGUGCGUGCGAGAAAGAUGUCGAAGCAGCCAAGAUGAAUACAGAAAAUCAAGCUAGAGUAAAAGAUGAAAAUGUUGAUCUUGACACCGAAAACUAUAACAAAGAGCGUGAAAUCAGAACGACUAGCAGAAGUUGCAAUUACCUCAUUUCUAGGAAAAGACAUUAUUAUGUAGAAGAUACAUCAACUGGAUCUGUCUUGUUGAAAUCGGAGAAUAAAUGUUUUCUAGCAUUUUCAUACAAGAAACAUUUACUACAACGCGUGAGGAUCCCGAAGCAACUAGCCGUAGAUGAAGGCCUUAUGUCAAAGAAUACUGUAACGCUUCAAGAUCCAGCUGGGCGUUCAUGGCUUAUUCAACUCAGAAUCAGAAGGCCUAAUUCUACUGAUCACUUGGACAUUUCAACAGGUUGGACAGACUGCGUGAAGGCGAACCGAAUUUCACCCGGGGACACCAUGAUUUUUGAGUUUGUGAAGCAAGGUUUGAUGCGUGUUCAUAUUUUCAAAAAAGGAGCAGUGAGAGGCAAUAAGUGUCGUGUGGUGCUUGCUGGCCCUAAUGUUAAAGCUGAAAGCUAG